CUUGCGAAAUGUCAUUUGUCAAGUGCGAGUAAAAUGGGCAAGUGCAAUGGCAGUUUUGCAAGACUUUGACAGGGCAAUAUCUUGCAUCGCGUCUAAGUUGGAUGGGAGUGUCCUUCAGCCGUCUGAUGCCGGUGAGAGCAUCUUCACAAUGUCGACCGACAGCGAAGACAUGGACAUCGCGCAGCAACUCAAGAAUAUGGAGAGCGUUAUUAACUUGACCCGCGCCAACAUCGACGCCCUCAACGCCAAGUUCGCCGACUUCCAGCACCCGCCGGCCAUCUACUUGAUGGAGUACGAGGAUCUCACAUGCAAACUGCACGAGCUGGAACUGCAGGAGCGCCGCCUCAUCGAGCAGCUGAGCAACGGGCGCGAGAGCCCCCCUGAGCUCGAGGAGCCGGAGCACCGCGCCGCCAAGCCCGACGCCCUCGCCAGGCCUAGAUUCCUCAGGGCGCACCUGCCCAACCAGCAGCGCACCAGCGUCCAAGUACGCGAGGGGCUCACGCUGCGAGACGCCUUAGCCAAAGCAAUGAAACUACGUAACCUUAUUUGUGAAAUGUGCUGUGUUUAUCUCGGGGAUACGAACACUGUCGUUAAUUGGGACACGGAUAUUAGCACCCUCAACUGCGAGGAGAUUACCGUCAAAAUCCUAGACAAGUUUCCUAUUCCUACGAGUAUUUCGCAUAAUUUCGUUAGAAAGACUUAUUUCUCACUGGUGUUCUGUGAAUGCUGUCGGAGACUUUUAUUUCAAGGAUUUUAUUGUAGGACUUGCGGAUACAAGUUCCAUCAGAGGUGUGCUGGGAACGUCCCUCCACUGUGUCAUCAAGUUCGCAUGACGGACGCCUAUUACCGCGCCCUCCUCGCCCGUUCGCCCGACUUCAGCGCGGGCAUCCUGCACCCGGGUCAGGCGGGCCUUGGCCUCCCCCGACAGCCCCGUCAUCCUGGCACUUUAGGCCACCACGACCGCUCCAGCUCCGCUCCCAACGUCUGUCUUAACAACGUCAAAGGCUCCGGCGACGACUGUCCCAAAUCCCUAAGUUUGACUCGCGGCGGCAUCGACGACGGCCUCCCGCACUACCACAGCACCCAAGCGUCCCCCACUGGGUCUCUUCAGCCGCGUCGCCCCCGCGCCCGCUCCGCCGACGAGAGCAAACCGCUCCUCGCCCCCAGAGAGAGCAUCGAGGAUUGGGAAAUCCCCGCCGAUGAGAUUCUUGUCGGACAUCGGGUCGGUUCGGGCUCCUUCGGGACGGUUUACAAAGCCCACUGGCACGGCCCUGUCGCUGUUAAAACCCUCAAUGUGAAAAUACCGACGUUGGCACAACUGCAAGCUUUCAAAAAUGAGGUGGCAGUAUUGAGGAAGACGCGACAUGUGAAUAUUUUACUAUUCAUGGGGUGUGUUAGUAAACCACAGUUGGCAAUAGUGACGCAAUGGUGCGAGAGUUCGAGCUUGUACAAGCAUCUCCACGUACAUGAAACGAAAUUUGCAUUGUUUACUUUGAUCGAAAUCGGAAGACAAACAGCACAAGGAAUGGAUUAUCUCCACGCGAAAAAUAUCAUCCAUCGAGAUCUCAAAUCGAAUAAUAUUUUCCUCCACGAUGACCUAACUGUGAAAAUCGGCGAUUUUGGAUUGGCUACAGCCAAAAUUCGCUGGUCUGGCUCAAAACAGUUCCACCAACCUACCGGAAGCAUCCUCUGGAUGGCACCGGAAGUGAUUCGGAUGCAGGAAGACAACCCUUACAGUUUCCAAUCGGACGUUUACGCUUUCGGCAUCGUCAUGUUCGAAAUGCUAGCAAUGCAAUUGCCCUACUCUCAAAUAAACAACAAAGACCAAAUCCUGUUUAUGGUAGGUCGAGGCUACCUCAAACCCGACAUGAGUAAACUGCGCUCUGAUACUCCCAAAGCUUUAAGACGACUCACCGAAGACUGUAUCAAAUUUAAUCGAGACGAGAGACCGCUCUUCAGGCAAAUACAUGCCUCGUUAGAGGGACUUUUGAGGAGUCAUCCGAAAAUAAAUCGAUCAGCGUCCGAACCGAACAUGAAUCGGACGCAGAUCCAAUCUGAUGAUUUUAUCUAUCCGUGUGCUAGUCCGAAAACACCCGUGGCGUUCGGACCGUCGAGUUUUUUUUAUUCGGGAGGGACGGGGAAUAUAUGAGAGGGCGCGAGGAGGGACCUUUGGGACGCCUGAGGAGUGUGUGACACCGCUUUAGUAGAGGUUAUCAUUAAGUUAUUGUCAAGUAUUUAAAUUUAAAUAUUGUUUUGUUUUCGUAUUAAAUAAAUUCUUAAAAAAUA